GGCGUCAUCAACCACACGCCACAAUUUUCAACACGUUUUUACGUUGAUCAGUGCUGUGACAACCACAUAAGAAGAUAUGACCAACGGAUUAUUUACAUAUCAUAUGUUUUUGUAUGCUUACUGAUACUGAGUAUCCAGCUGAGAUUAGUGUAAAUCGAGUGUGUUAUUAAUUGCUCUAUUUCCACGUGUGAUAUCUUGCAAUGAGAAUCAUGAAGAGACCAAACAUUCUUCUUACAGGAACCCCUGGUGUAGGAAAGACCACUCUAGGCAAAGAGCUGGCUCAAAGAACAGGACUAAACUAUGUGAAUGUUGGUGAUUUGGCACAGGAGGGUCAGUUGUUCGAUGGAUUUGAUGAAGAAUACCAGUGUCCUAUUUUGGAUGAGGACAGGGUUGUGGAUGAGCUGGAGGACAAAAUGGGAGAUGGAGGCGUCAUUAUUGAUUACCAUGGCUGUGAUUUCUUUCCUGAACGCUGGUUUCACAUAGUUUUUGUCCUCCGCACAGAUAACACCAGUCUCUACAAUCGUCUUGAAAGCAGAGGAUACACGGGAAAGAAACUCCAGGACAAUGUGCAGUGUGAGAUUUUCCAGACUAUCUAUGAGGAAGCCAUGGAAGCCUACAAGGAGGAGAUAGUCCACCAGCUCCCCAGUAACACUCCUGAGGACCUGGAGAGGAAUCUGGAACAAAUUGUUCAGUGGAUUGAACAAUGGAUGAAAGACAACAAUUGACUUUAUCAUAUUAUAUGUCUUUAUGGCUUCAUUAUACGUGAAAGGCUCAAUCACUAUUUGAAGUUAUGUCAAAGUAGACAGACAUCACAUUUCAUAGUUAUUGUUGCCCCAGACAGAGUAUUGUUCUUUUCACUACCAUUGAGCUAAGGACUUAAAAUGUGUGGGGCUGUUAAAAAUGACUCGAUUUGAAAUAAGUUGAUCUUGCUUCUAAAAUGAAUGGAAGAAAUAACUAUUUUUAUAGUGUAUUUAAAAGAGCCUCUUUCUGUUGACUUGUUUUAUUUGUCUUGUUAUUCGUUGAUUAAAUUAUCAAAGAUAAAUUAAAAUUCUUUGAUUAAA